AUGGAGUCAUUGUACCACCAAACGAACAAACUGCUAAUGGACGUCCAGAGCAGGUUGUCAGUUUUCGAAAAAUUGCUAUUAAAUACUGGCAAUGAGACGGAUUCAAAUGCAAUGGAGAUUCAAAUAAAAGCCGACAUCAACAAAAUCUAUGACAGCUGUGACCGAUUGGACCUGAUGGUCAACAAGGAACCACCGUCGAGGAAGGCCAAUGCUAAGCUGAGAGUCGACCAAAUCAAGUAUGACUGCCGCCAUCUGCAAUCUGCUCUUCAGAAUAUAAUCAACAGAAAAGUGCAAAAGCAAGAAGAAUCUCGAGCGAGAGAGAUGUUACUAAAGCGAACAUUCACAACAAACGAUCCCGACACUUCCAUACUGAUAGACGAUUCCUUACAGCACAACCAGAGGGCCCAAUCUUCCAUUAAAGAAAUCGAUGAGCUGAUUUAUACAGGCAACUCCAUACUAUCCAACCUUAGAGAUCAAGGCGGCAUGUUAAAAUCGGUGCAGAAGAAAGUCCUUGACAUUGGGAACAUGCUCGGCCUGUCGAACACCGUAAUGAGAAUGAUCGAGCGUAGGACUAGUCAAGAUUGGAUGAUUUUCUUUGGGGGCAUGAUAGUCACCUGCAUUGUUAUCAUUGUCACUGUUCUGUACUUACGUAGGUAA